CAGACUGAUACUAGAUUGUAAACAUGUUUUCAAGUGGUCUAUGUCACAUUAAAUUGAUGAAUAAUGAUUGUUUUAUUUCAAAGAUAUUUAUUUACACUAAUCUUCAAAAUAUAUGUAUUUACUUAUAAAAUACCAAAUUCAUAAGGGUUUAAUAGAAAAAUAUGCCAACUUAUCUGACCCCUAAUCGUCAUGGAUACUCUGUUCGAUUUUCACCAUUUCAGUCUAACAGACUGGUAUGUGCUACUUCUCAAUACUUUGGAUUAGCAGGUGGCGGAACAUUAUUUGUGCUUGAUCUUGUUUCAAAUGACAGUUUUGAAGAAGUUGCUCGGUAUGAAUGGCAAGAUGGUUUAUUUGAUGUAGUAUGGAGUGAAUCAAAUCCAAACAUACUUGUUGCUGCAAGCGGUGAUGGAAUUCUACAUAUAUGGGAUGUUAAUUCUCCCAAGGCUCCUGCUAAAAUUCUGAAAGAACAUAAAAAAGAAGUUUACAGUGUUGACUGGAGCCAAACUAGGCAAGAACAACAUGUUUUGUCUGCAUCAUGGGACUGUUCAAUUAAACUGUGGGAUCCAACUAGAAGUUCGUCACUUUCCACAUUCCUUGGCCAUUCACAGCUGGUAUAUAAUGCUAUGUGGUCUCCUCAUGUCCCAUCAUGUUUUGCUUCUGUGUCAGGUGAUGGCACCAUGAAAAUAUGGAAUUCAAAUGUUCCACAGAAGGCAUCAAUGACUAUGAGAGUGCAUGACGCAGAAGUUCUGAGUUGUAGUUGGUGCAAAUAUGAUGCAAACAUCUUAGCUACCGGAGGAUCUGAUGGUCUCAUCAGGGGUUGGGAUCUGAGGAGUCUUGCUUACCCAAUAUUUGAGCAAAAAGGUUGUGAAUAUGCUGUUAGAAGAGUUCAGUUUUCACCACACUACCUAUCGAUUUUGGCUUCAGUUUCAUAUGAUUUUACAACCAGGAUUUGGGAUUUUAAGGCCUCUUCAGAAGCUGUUGAAACAAUUAGGCACCAUUCGGAAUUCGUAUAUGGUUUAGACUUUAAUAAUCAUAUAGAAGGACAAAUUGCAGAUUGUGGCUGGGACUCUCUUAUUCAUGUCUUCACUCCUAGAUCUCUCACUUCGCUCUCUUCUUGUUAAUAAUUAUCAUUUUUAAAUUGUUUAAAAAAAAUGCCCUAGCAAUAUCUUUAUUGUUGUAUAAUUAUAUGUAUAUAUAUUUAAGUAAUUGUAUAUAUGUGAAUAUAAAUAAAUGUUAUAAAUAAUGAACUGCUGAUUAUUAUAAAAUCAAGUUUUGAUUAUAUAGAUUAAAAGCUUGUAAAAUACAAGAGAAUUUUUUUUAAUUUUGUUGUUGCCUUUGUUGAAAGUGUCAACUUUAUGUUAUUAUUUAAAAUAAUUUUGAAAGCUUUAAAGAUGG